GAACAGAUCGAAUACAAUCUCCACUAGAACUUAAAUCUUGCUUCACUAAAUAUUUCGAAGAAAUAAACCAUGAAAUCAAGCUUAGCUUUUGUACUCGUGCUCGUCUUGAUUCUAGGAAUUAUUAUUCCUAGUGGAGUCAGUGCUGCAGCUGUCCCUGAAUCUGCUCUACAAGAAUCAAUAGUAAAACUUUUCCAAACCAUAAAAUCGGUAUUCGGAAUAGAUGUAUCGACAUUGGAACACCAUCUAUCGCAUCUCAAAGAAUUUCUAUUGCAUCUCAGAGAACGUAUAUCGCAUGUCGAAUUUCGCCUCGAUUACUUGAAAACUCUUAUAAAUGAGAUUACAGAAGUUUUGAAAGAGAUGAUGGCACAAAAAUAAAUAUGCUGUCAACAACCAUGUACAAUUAAAUGGCGAAGAUAUCCUAGUAAUGGCAUUAAAAAAAUUAAUCUUAGCAAUCUGAAGAAAACGAAAAUAUUUAAAUAUUUUUCUCCAUAUAUAAAACAUCAUUUUUUAUUUUUUUUUUUCAUAAAUGUUCUUUAUGUCAAUAAAAUAUAUUGUAUACAUCUAUAUGUAAAUUUGAAGAAUAAAUUGAAAUAAAUAAUCUUAAGCAGAAA